ACCGAAUAAUAUUUAUUAUCUGUAUCUGUGUUUCAUAUCAUAGACCACAGUCCUUGGUGUAACCAUUAUUAUUUCACAUUUCAAUUUCUAAAUAUUGUAAAUGUUAUUAGAUUCUACUUUGUUUAAUAAUCCGUCUUCUAUCUAAUGCAAUGUAGGUACCUGCUGUAGCAAGGCCAUCAUGCCCCGGGAUAUAUUGAGUGAUAGUUUAGCUGUCUUGAGGAUAGUUGAGCAUGAAGACGAGGAGAACUGGCCGCUUGAAAACAAACCAUCAUGUAAACAGAGUAAUAAAAAAUCAUCCAACAUUCCUAUGAACAGUCAGAAGUCUAUAACGAAAGAUGACUGCGCCUGUUAUUAUAAUUAUGGCCAUGGCGACAGUGGAAAUGGCAGGCAACACGAUCCUGUAUACCAGUACAAAACGAGUAGUCUGCCGCCUGCAUCAUCAAUCAACCAAUCCUGGGAUGAAAUUGUGUGCUCUGCACUGCGAAUCACACCCGAAGAUAUUGCUAAUCAACUCACUCUGCUUGAUUUGCCGUGUUUUAAGUCUAUCAGACCAGAAGAAUUAACUACGUGUGGAUGGAACAAAUUGAACAAGUUGACCGUUGCACCCAAUGUGGUAGCAUUUACAAAACGAUUUAACAGGGUUAGUUUUUGGACUGUACAGGAAAUAUUGAACGGGCAGUCGCCGAAGGCACGAGCCGAAAUAUUGGCGCACUUUAUAAAAGUAGGAAAAAAGCUUCAUGAACUGAACAAUUUGCACUCUCUCUUCGCUGUUAUCUCCGCGUUACAUAGUGCCAGUAUAUACAGGCUAUCAAAAACGUGGGCGUGCUUAUCGAAGAAGGAUAAACAACAGUUCGAUAAACUGGCGGAGCUAUUUGGCGAAAAGGACAAUUGGACUGCACUGAGAGACUAUUUAAGAUGUAUUCCUUUGCCAUGUAUACCAUAUCUAGGUAUAUUCCUGACGGAUCUCGUGUAUAUUGAUAUCGCGCACCCUCCGGAUUCGCCCCACCGCGUGGCCAAGAUGGCGGUCGUGUUGAAAGCGCUGGAGAAGUACCAGACUUCGGAGUACGACAUCCUCCCUCUACCCUACGUAGCGAACUACCUAAACAGUGUCCGCUAUAUCGAAGAAUUACAGAAAUUUCUGGAAGAUGAUCAGUACAAAUUGUCGUUAAAAUUAGAGCCGCCUUCACCGGUUGGGAGCGCCGCUGGUUCCAAGGAGUCAGUCAAAGAAGUAAUUGCUUCGGGAGCUUCGAAUACGAGUAACAUAUCACCAUCACACAAAGUAGGUUCCGGGUCGUUGCGUCUCCAGGGCUCGUGUCACCAGGGCAAGUUCAUCCCCACACAUCGGAAGUGCCGGUCGCUCGGUUCCAAGUUUCGUAGCGCGAGCUUGCCAAGAAAUUUUCACAAGGUCAAUUUUGGUAUUGGCAUAUUUGGAAAGAGCCACACAGACGACAAGAUGGAGAACAAGACCCCUGCUGGUUCAGUGAACUUGCUCGACGACACCCUGCUGGAGUCACCCAGUUCCGUUUCAGGCGGGAAGAUGUCCCAGUCGCUGCCACACUCUGAUAUAUCGAGGGCUGACGUCAUCCAGUGCGACUUUCAAGGAUUCGUAAGGAGGAAGACUAUUUUGAAGGAUGGGCGGAAAAUAUCGCUGUCGUCCUGGCAGCGCUACUGGCUCCAGCUCUCGGGGAACAUCCUCGUGUUUUAUGCUUCGAAGUCCUUCAAAGGGACCAACCGCAGCGACUUCCGCGACGAGAAGUGCAAGGUGCUCUGCCUGGUGGGCUGGUUCGCCAAGAUGUCUGACAGCGACAGCGCUGACGCAUUCCAGCUGAUCAACCAUCACACCGGCACGCUCUACAAGUUCAAGGCCGCUUCGGAAUCUGCAGCGAAGAUGUGGGUUCGAGUGAUCGAAGAUGUCACUACUAAGAUUGUGAAGCCCCUUCCGGCUAAUCUCAUGUCGUUCGAAUAGAACUACUCGCAAGCUACGCGGUUGAUUAUACCUCGCCGCCAUUUUUCAAUCUCAAUCCUUAUACUACGUAAGUAACUAUGCCUUUUAUGGACAAAUUAUAUUUUAGUUAUAAAAGCUUGUAAUUUUGUGUGCAUAACUAGGAAGUAUAUCGAUAUUUUUCUGUAUACGUCACAAACGGUCGUCAUUGAAUGUAAAACGUUGUAUUGUUGAGUGUCAUUCAUUCUAGAGUUCCGUAACUAGUAACGACAUGUCUAACGUGUGUCCGUCCGGAAACUGAACAUUGUUUCAGUUGGCUCGCUUCGACCUGAAUGCGACCAACUCAAUUCCGAGCUUUAUUGAAGCUAAAAACAAUCAAGUGGGAUUGGAAAAUAAGCAACAAUCCAUUAAUGCACAAUCUCGUUCAUUGAAAGCGGAUUACGUACAAGUUGUUAUUUAUUCAGUAAAAACUUCGCGAUUGAAGAGUAAUAAAUAAAUAUUGCAUUUAUUAAUGUACAGAAGUUAAAAUUUAUCAGUAUAUUUUUGAAAGAUGAUAUAAAUACGGAACUUUACAGUGAUGACGUAUUAAAUAUAGGUACACUGUACGUCGACACGCUGUCAGCAGUACAUUUGUAUCGAGUCUCUCGCAUUGUUAUUCAAUAUUUUACAUAAUCUAAGAUACAAUGUAAUAAUGUUCACUGGCUUGAAUUAGUGCAGUUCAUGUUAGUAUUUUAAAUCUAUAUCUUAAAAGUGGACAGCUAAAUUAUAUCAUCAUCAUUCUUAGCCAUUUGAUCAAUUUUGUAAUCUUAAAAAGAUACAGAUUUAAUUUUUAUCAUUUAACUAUACCUACAUAGGACGUUUUUAAAAAGGGACAUAUCACAUAAUGUUAUGAAAUAAUAUUUUUAAUCCGACAUAUAACUAUAUUUUUUGUGUGUAACAUUGGUUUUAACUUAUAUUGACCAAACUUGACGCGGUUUUAGGUAGCUAGAUAGCUUUUUCACAUGAUAAAAAUAAUUUAUCAACUGUCGUAUAAUACUAACAUCGUAUUUAAAUAAACUUUUACUCAACAAGAAUACUCUGCAAACCGACAAAAUAUUUUAGGGAGACCUUUUUAAUUAAACAUGAACAAACUAGUGUGAUAUUGCUUGAGGCUAUUUACUUGCCAAUUAGCUUUCCUUGUUAAAUUAUUAUUAUAGAUUUUCUUGCCAGAUCUUCAGGCGCUCAAUAUUACCUUUUUUAUACUCGUAGCUAAUCGUAAGAGCUCUCACAGGAAAUACAAGAACAAUAAUAUUUAUUAUACGCAAUACAUUUUUAGCAAAUCACUUUUCGUCCGCACUUUAUACGAAUAAGAUUAUUUGAUAAAUUGCCUUUUACAAUUUAUACUAGAAUAUCAGUCGCGAAAGCCUUUCAAUAUAAGGCUAAAUAAAAUAUUGUAGCGUCGCUUUACGUAAGGAUAACGAACAAAAUUAAUUUCUUGUGCUCACUUAUUCGUGUUGCUCAAAUGAUAUCGUCACAUUUUUUCAGCUUUAGCGGCAUUUUAGUGUAGAUUGCACAAUCUACUUAUGACGUAUUGGACUGCAAAUAAGGUUGUAUUUCGAUCGCCCGAUCUUGAGCCUCAUCACGGUGUUUAAACGAGGAAGUAUUGAGGCUGCAAUCGAUUGCUUUUUCAGUGAUGUAGGCUCAAAGAGCUUGAUGAUAUAUCCGCCAUUUGAGAUUGCAAUCGAGCGCAGAUGACACCUAUACGCGAUUCGUUCGUUUUGUUAUUAGUGGCCUGUUGGCAGGGCGCGUAAGUCACAAAUAUUUAAUGAAAGCGACAACGAGUUUCAAUCUGUGAACAAUAGUAAAAUUUAGUAUCUAAUAUCAGUAAGGUUGUUAGAUGACAUCUUCGUAUGGUCAAACACGAGUUGUUGGUUAAUGUAAAAAAAGAUCGCACCCGUAUAUUAUUGAAAAGUGCUAACGUACAUAUAACGCGAUCACUCAAUUAUUUUAGCUUGGUGCUAUAGCGUAGCGAAUAGAUUGUAACGGUAAGCGCGACUGUAGACGUUGUUAUCGAACAUUUAAUAUAAGUACAUCUGAACAAUUAAUAUCAGUACCAUAAAAUAAAGAAAUAUUUUUAUUAUGAAAUAUAAACAAAUAAAUCAGUUUAAAAUAGAGUUUAAUAUAGGUAAAUAGAUAUUGUGCCAUUAUAAUCAAAACAAGUAUUAAAAAAAUCUAAUACAAAAUAAUACAUUUUAUGAUGCUCGAUAUGGAACCGAUAUUAGUAAGAGAAUCUAUAACUUUUUAUGUACCGUAAUAAAAAUAUAUAAUAUCUAAUUUAUGCACCUCAAUCAUGAAUCUUACUACGGCUAUCAGAUUAUAUUACCAUAUUAUAUGUGUAGCGUAAUGCGACGUCCUCGUCAACUUUAUUUCCUAAUAUAUUUUAAAGUCACAAAAACUGAUAGAGCAUUGUCCCGAACUAGAUAUUCACGAGCUUGUUGUACGUACAAAUUCGUAUAUUCUGCAAUUUUAAUGAAUGUGUGCGCGUCGUUUUUUAAACUAAACUUUUCCAUAAUUCAGAAAGUAGAAUGAAAAAUUUCAUCUUAUGGAGGAUUACUAUGUCGAAUGACUUUUUCCACUUGUGUAGUGUACUAUUUACCGUGUUAGUUGUAAUCAUAUGAUAUUGACAGUAAGAUUUUAUACAAUAAAUUGCUUGUAAAUGUCCAAUCGGUACUAUUUCCUAAUUACGAAGUAUUGGAAAUUAAGAUGAUUCAUAAUCUUGGAGUCCUACAUUUCUAGUUUUAGUUUGAGUUCCUACCUGUACCAUGCAUGUUAAACAGCAACGUACGCUCCACUUUGUUCGCGGUAAACCACUAUUUAUUCUUUGCUCAUAGCGGGAUCGGCGGUAUGUUCGUUCGUACGCUUUCAGGGUAGCGGUUCUGUUUUCUGCCAUAAUUAGGGUUCUCGAUCCUCGCAAACAAUUAUGUUUGUACUCAGGCCUACCGAUAUUACCUAGUCAAUCAAACAAAUAGCCGAAAUAUUCUCUCGAAUAAGUAUAGUCUAAUCAUAAAACGUUUGCACGAGUAGUUAGCAAUAUUUCGAACAUUAUACAUAUGUAAAAGAUACUGCAAAUUCCUUCGUAGAAAUACCUGUUCAAAAUGAUUUUUAAACCUCUACAAAAAGUAUAAAAUAUAUUAUAGCCACUAACUUAUUUGAGUCGUAUUUUAAUAAAUGUCAAGUUGAUAAUACAGAAUAUUACUUGUGUAAAAUGUUCCAUGUUUCAAGAUAUUAUAACACCUCCAGUUCUCUUUGAUUUUUCAUAGCGACUAUAAGCUUGUAUUCCUGGAAACACCGCCGCUUUAACCUCGGGAAUUCACUCCACAAUAAAUAAAAUUAUUUUAAUCUGUAUUCUCUUUUAGUUUUUAUUUUUUUUAAGCGUUGUUUGUCUGUUCACACUGGUUUUUAUUGUCAUAUUCUGUUGGUGUUAAACCUAUGAUUUUUAUUUAUUUAGAAUUUACAAAAAACUUUUGUAUUGUAGCAUGGAUUUCCGCAAAUUAUGACUUAUGAAUUAUGAUAAAAAAUAUAGAAAUAUAAACUGAACAUUUGAGAAUGGUUGCAUAAUUCGUAUCGUUUCCCGAUUGCACAAAUUUACAAAGUAGACGUCCGCGCCGUUGUAACUUUCCCGAACCAAAUGCAAUCCUUUCGAAGUAAACAAGUUGCAGGUUUGGGAAUGUUAUCAUAGUUGCUUAAAAUACGAGUAAAAUAAGUUAAGUGUUUCCGAAUCUCCUAGCGAGCACUUAGUUCCUAUUUAUACUGUUCUCACAUUCAGAAGUUAGUAAACAUUGUUCAAUACUGAUGAAUUUUCUGUGGUGCCUAGAGUGUUGAAAUAAUAAGCAAUAUAUUCAUGAUGUUCUAGCAUACUGUUGCAAUAGUUAAGUUAUAAAUAAUGUAAUUAUGUUGAAGUUGUGUCCGUUAUGUCUCGAAUACGAAUCUCUACUCUCACCAUUUUCGAAUGUUACGAUGUUUUUGACUAUGUGUCUACUUGUUGUAUUUUGCCAGUAGCAGUUCGUCUUUUUUUAAGAGCACUUGAUCCAGUCUCGUGUGUGCCAUGUUCUAUGGAAAUUGUUUGCUUUCCGAGCGCCGACGUGGCUCGUACGGUAGCCACGUGCAAACUUGCUCUUUAUUGGACUGCAUUCACAACCUUUCAAUUUGGUCACGACUCGACGUCAACGUUGCGACGUUUUAGACAUGACGUACUAGUGACGUAGGCGCAUCGGAUCGUUACAAUGUGAUUCUUGUAAUAUAGUUCGCGUAGUAAAGGACGCACAUCUCUUAGAUCGGCCUGGUUAUUAUGUAAGACGUGACACGAGUGUAAUACUCUAGAUUGAAACAUGUUACGAACGAAAGAAAGCAUUAUGUAUCGCACGCGACAUGACAAACGUUUGAUUGAACUUUAUUUCGUUUAUAAUCGUUAUAAAUACAUCCACUAUUAUGCUAAUUUAUGUUUUGUAUUGAAAUACAAAAUGUUUUCUUUAUAUUACCAAAGCUACGUAAAUCUAUCUUUUGUAUUGUAGUUUAAGUAUAGUUAUAGUGAGGCUAUGAUAUUUGACUGAUCUGAAAAUGUUAUAUCGAUUCUAAAAGCACAGACUAACUUUGAAUUUAUAACCAAGUUGUUGAAUCUUGAUUAAUAUUUGUUUUGAUGGAAUUGCUACCAGACUCGGUUCAUUUACAUGACUUGCACCACUUUGAUGUUUGUUGUCAACGUGUCACUAUAUAUUACAGUCUCUUAGUUAUUCCUGUCGCUAUUUUUACUUGAGUUACGAAUAUCAUUGUAAUUAAGCUUUGUACGACAUACUCCUAAGUGUAUUUAAUAGCACAUGUGUGCUCUUGUGUUCAAUAAAAUUCCUACAAAAUAUA